AUGUCUUUCUCGAGUCUCGUACAAGAUCUAUCCUUCAGAGACAACCCUAACGACCGACGACAAAUGGCUCGCGGUACGUCUUCAGCCUCGACCGUCGAUGACCGGAGAUCCCAUGUCUCGAGGGCAAUGUCCUAUGCGAGUACCACAGCCACCAGUGUGAGCAUUUCUGGCGACAUCUCGAGUCAAUUGCAUGGAGGCUAUUCUCAUCCCCUGGCAAGAUCAUGGCAAGCCGAGAGACAACUGACCAAGUCAAUGCUUAUCUACCCUCUUUUCAUUUCAGAUGAAGACGACGAAGAAAUUCUUAUUCCCUCCCUCCCUGAUCAAUACCGCCGUGGCAUCAACAAAAUCGUCCCCUUCCUCGAACCCCUCGUGCGAAAAGGCCUCCGCUCAGUCAUACUAUUUGGUGUCCCAAUGAAAUCCGGCGUUAAAGACGCUCUCGGAACUGCUGCCGAUGAUCCAAAAGGUCCUGUGAUUGCUACUAUUCGUCUGUUGCGACAGCGGUUCCCUCAGCUCUUCAUCAUUGCCGAUGUCUGUCUAUGCGAGUACACUUCCCACGGUCACUGUGGUAUUCUGCGGGAUGAUGGCGGUCUCAACAACCAACUUUCAGUCGAUCGCGUUUCUGAUGUCGCCAUUGCAUACGCUCAGGCUGGCGCUCACUGUGUUGCGCCUUCAGACAUGAAUGAUGGCCGCAUUCGAGCAAUUAAGCUUAAGUUGAUCGAGGAGGGUAUUGCAGACAGAGUCGUCCUUAUGUCGUAUGCAGCCAAGUUUUCCGGAUGUCUUUACGGACCUUUCCGUGAUGCAGCGGGCUCUGUUCCAUCAUUUGGAGACCGGAAAUGUUACCAAUUGCCACCUGGAGGAAGAGGUCUUGCGCGGAGAGCAAUCGAGAGAGAUAUUGGUGAAGGCGCUGAUAUAAUCAUGGUCAAACCUGCCAAUCAAUACCUUGAUAUUAUUAGCGAUGCAAAGGAUAUCGGAAAGAACAUGCCUAUCGCGGCCUAUCAAGUUAGUGGGGAAUUCGCUAUGCUUCAUGCUGGUGCAAAGGCGGGCGUUUUUGAUUUGAAGGCAAUCGCAUUUGAGUCAACUGAGGGAAUCUUGAGGGCUGGUGCGACGAUUGUGGUGAGCUACUUUACGCCGCAAUUUCUGGACUGGCUUGAAUCUUAG